AUGGGUCAAGCGAACGGAAUCGGGCAGGCAAUGGAGAUGGGGGUGGCCGAAAAGGUUAGUAAAGUUGUUGCUGUAGAGUCACCAUUAUUAGCUUUUGCGAUGGGAAUUGCAAUGUGCUUUGGCAUUGAAAGUGAGGAUUGCUGUGAAUGGCUUGGUGUUUUCUGCAAUAACUUGACUGGCCAUGUCAAAGAGCUGCAUUUGGGGCUUCUUUCAAGUAGACCUGAUGUGCAUGCACCGCAUGCUGAAUGGGAUGUUGAAUGGGAUGUUUACAUUCGGUCAAAACUAGGAGGCAAAUCCCAACAGAAACAUCUCAGUUUCCUAGAAUUAAGCAACAACGACUUUGGAGGCUUGGCAAUUCCCGAAUUCAUCGGUUCCAUGAAGAGUUUGAUAUAUCUUAACCUCUCUUGGGCAAAUUUCCAAGGAGCAAUUCCCCAUAAUCUUGGAAAUCUCUCAAAACUGCAUUAUCUUGAUCUUGGACACAAUUCCCUAUUUGAAGAUAAAACUCUUCAAUGGGUUUCUGGUCUGUCGUCUCUGCAGUAUCUUGAUUUGAGUCAUGCAGAUCUUGGUAAAGCAACUGAUUGGCUGCAGAUAACAAAUAAACUUCCUUUAUUGGCAGAGUUACACUUGUCAGGAUGCUAUCUAUAUAAUGAUCCAUCUCCAAUCAGUGUUAAUUACACAUCUCUUGCUGUUCUCGAUCUGUCUGCCAACAAGUUGUCUUUGGUGCCUACAUGGAUAUUCAGUCUUCGUAGUCUUGUGUCCAUUGAUCUUACCCUUAAUGGAGUUGAAGGUGUGAUUCCCAAUGGUUUUCAAAACAUGUCUUCUCUCAAAUUUCUUGAUCUUAGUUGGAAUUCAUUCUCCUCAUCAUCGACACUCAACUGGCUGUCUAAUUUAAACCAGCUUCAAUUUCUUGGUCUUCGUAGCGUCGGUCUGCAAGGUAAUUUUUCAAGUGCCAUUGGAAACUUGAGCUCUCUUACUCAUCUUGAUCUUUCAGGUAACUUGCUUGAAAUUAUAGUACCAAAAUAUUUGGAAAGUCUUUGCAAUCUGAGGGAGUUGGAUUUGUCAAAUAAUGGAAUUGUUCAUGAGGUAUCAGAAAUCAUAGAAAGUUUGUCUAGAUGUAGUUUGGAUCGAUUAGAGUCAUUAAACAUGGGAUUUAACAAACUUUCUGGCCAUUUACCUGAUAAACUCGGCCAAUUUAAAAAUUUGGCAUACCUUUCCCUUUCUGGAAACUUCAUUUCUGGUCCCAUUCCAUUCUCAAUAGGGAAGUUGUCAUCAUUGAAAUUUCUUGAUGUUUUAAACAAUCGAUUGAAUGCAACUCUUCCUCAAAGUUUAGGACAACUUGGGAAUUUGGAACAUUUAGACGUUUGCAACAAUAUGUUGGAAGGACAUAUAUCAGAAAUGCACUUUUCUAAUCUCACGAGGUUGAGAUUUUUUAGGGCAUCUAACAACAUGUUAACGUUUAAACCAAAUCCAAGUUGGAUUCCUCCUUUCCACUGUGAAAGUAUUGAAUUGCGUAACUGGCAUCUUGGUCCGCAAUUUCCUCAGUGGCUACAAUUCCAAAAAAACUUGUCUCGUUUGGAUAUCUCCCAUGCUGAAAUUUCAGUCGUCAUUCCCACUUGGUUUUGGAACAUUUCGACUCAGUUGGAAUAUCUAAACCUUUCCCAUAACCAACUAAUUGGAGAGAUUUCAUAUUUACCGAUGAAGAGGACGGUUGACUUGAGUUCCAACCUAUUCAUAGGUCCAUUGCCACUGCCAAUCUCAUAUUUGAGGUUUUUAUUUUUGUCUAAGAACCUAUUUUCAGGAUCACUUUCCAAUUUUCUUUGUAAUUCCUCAACUAAACUGGAAGCUUUGACCAUUCUUGACAUUGAAUCAAAUCUUCUGUCAGGUGAAAUUCCAAAUUGUUGGGAAAAUUGGCAAAUGUUGCAAGUCUUAAAUUUAGGAAACUACAAUCUAACUGGGAAAAUUCCUAGAUCUUUGGGAUCUAUGCGUAGCAUUAGGUCAUUAAACCUUCGAAACGAUAACCUGUUUGGAGAAGUACCAUCCACAUUGCAGCAUUUAGUUGAGGUGAUUAUUCUUGAUCUUAGUGAAAAUCAAUUGACGGGAAGUAUUUCAGCAUGGAUUGGAGACAAGCUUUUAAACCUUGUGGUUCUAAACCUUCGUUCAAAUAACUUUCAAGCCUAUAUUCCUGAUCAAAUUUGUGCUAUUAAUUCUCUUCAAGUUUUGGAUCUUGUUUAUAACAACAUUUCAGGAGUUAUUCCAAAAUGUUUUAGUAACCUAAGUGCCAUGGCCACAAAAACCCUCUACCAAUAUGUGGGUAACUUCGCCUGGGAACUCGACCGUAUUAACUUGAUUCCUUUGGCUGCAUUAUUGGUGAUGAAAGGAAGAGAAGAUGCAUACAGUAACACACUAGGACUUGUUACCAUCAUAGACCUUUCAGUUAACAGUCUCACAGGAGAGAUCCCCAAAGAACUUGGUAGUCUUAUGGGGCUGCGGUCAUUAAAUUUGUCGGGGAAUUUUCUAACAGGAAAAAUACCAGAGAACAUUGGCAGUAUGGAGGUUUUGGAAUCUCUUGACUUGUCCAUGAACCGAUUCCAUGGUGAAAUCCCUUCAAGUUUCUCCAAUUUGAAUUUCUUAAAUCACUUCAACUUGUCCUACAACAACUUGACAGGACAAAUCCCAUUAAGCACCUAG